AUGCUUUCUUAUCAUAAUUUAGCACAAAGUGAUUAUCAAAAGGAAAAGGAUAUUCCAGUUACAAAUCCCUUACAUAAACCAAAACAAAAUAGCCUCAAUAUCUUAACUUCUCCUGUGCCUCACCCCUUUAACACAUUACUCCCAUCCAAUCUGUAAUCUUGAUUUUCUUACUUUCUAUAGUCUAUAACACCAACCACUUGAUAAUGAUCGACAUUCGUAAACAUAUAAUCAUUCUUAGAUAAAGGUCCAAUCUCUCCCAAAAAGAACAAUCAUAUAAUUAUAUCCAAACCUAAAUCAAUCCUCAAGAAUAAAUGUUACUUGAAUAAUAGUAACAUUUGAUGGAUCAAGGAGAGGAUUUAAAGUAAACAUAUAAUUUAUUUUUAUUCAGAUCCCAAAAUAAGAAAUUAGUGUUCGAGAACAACUCACUUAAAAAAUUGGUGGAGUAACUCUAGUUGGAAUUGUACAUAUAUGUAUCUAUACCUUCUAGGUCAUCUUAUAAGAUUCAGAAAUCAUAGGAACAAGAAAUGAUAUCCAAAUUAGACUAUUAAGAAGAAAUGAUUGUCAAACUUAAAUCAGAAGUCAGAAGAAAAGCAGAUCUUAUAUAAGAAAAUUAAUUUAAAUUAAAUGAACUAGAAAGAUUACAAAAUAAAUUAGAAGAAUAUUCAGGCUUAACUAAAAAAUAUUAAGAAUAAAUUUUAUUAAUUUAAGAAUUUAAAGAAUAACUUCAAGAUCAAAGUAGAUAAUUAUCUUAAUAUCAAAAUACAGAAAUUGAGAAUCAUAAUCUUAAAGAAUAUAUAGAAGCAUAUAAAUAAUAAUUAAGAGACAAAGAUGUUAAAAUAUAACAAUAAAGAGAAUAAUAAGAAUAAUUAUAUUCAGAUAAUAAAAAAAUGAAAACUACUUUAGAUAUGCUUAAUUUUGAAUUCAAAAAAGCAUAAGAUAAUUAUAAUGAAGCCCUACAUAGAGCUACUAUUUAAAAUACAGAUUUAUAAGGAUAAUUAAGUUUAUUCUAAAAAAACUUAGCCAACUAAGCUCAUUAAAUUGAAUUACAAAAAUAAUAGGUUAAAUAACUAGAACUUAAAGAAAAGGAAUUAUAUAGUACUAAAAAUCAAUAUCUAAAAUUAGAUGAAAAGUUUUAAGCUUAAACACAAUAAACCAUUAAAUGUAACAUUUUAAACUUAAUAUUUAGAAACUAAAGAAAUUGACAAACUUCUUAUGACUUUAAAAAAUGGUAAAUAAGAAUAUUUGAAUUUACAAUAAAAAUUAAUGCAUUUAGAAUAAGAAAAUAAGAGAUUAUCUGAAUAAUCUUUAUAAUAAUCUAAAUCUAAAAAUUAACUUGAAUUAUAAUGUUAAUAAUUAGAUUAAGAAUUAAUUAAAAAAUAAGGAAAUCUAGACUCUGUCUAAUUAAAAUAUAUGGAAUUGAAAUCAAACUUAGAAAAAUAUCAAGGAUAAAUAUAAGCAAUGGAAAAUGAACUCAAAAAGAAAGAUACAAUUAUACUCAAUUUGGAAUAAUAACUGUAAACCUAAAAAGGAUAACUAGAAUAAAUAUCACAUAUUGAUACAUAAAACAAAAGUGAAAUUAAUCAUAAUUUUGCAAAAAUGAAAGAAAUGCAUAAUGAUCUUAUUUUGUAUGAAAAAUAAGUAAAAUAAAUAUUAUCAGGUAAUAAUAAUCAUAUAAAUUAAAGAAAAUUAUUAACUAAAAUAAUAAAAUCAGAUCAUCUCAGAGAGGAAUGGCUAAUAAGAAAAUGAAAUGAAAAAGAUGAGAGUAAUUUAUCAUAUUUUAUUUUAGGAAUAAAUAAUACAAUAAGAUAAUCGUAUUAGAUUGUUAGAAAAUGAAUUGCAUAACUAUACUUUUUAAUAAAAAUUGAAUAUAGCUAGACCUAUUUAAUCUUCAGAAAAAGGAUUCCAAAAUCAAUUUCCUUCUUCUCAACAAAAUACACCUCAAGGAUCAUUUAAUAACCAAAUCAGUUAGUAUAAAUGA